AUGGCAAAAAAGCCCAAGUCCAACGGGUAUACUCGAAACCCGAAAUAUACGGGCCGGGGCAAUGUAGUUGAAAAACGGGUCACCGAUCUGACAUUAGAUGAGUUCUUCAGUUAUGGUCCUCAGAAAGCAACAGAUGAGGUAGGCAAGUCUUUGCUAAGGAAAUCAAGAAAGAUUGUGCGUUAGGAAGUUGAGAUCGACGAUCAUUCUUGCACUUUAGCAGAAGCUUUUCAAAAAGUGAACCCUUGUUUGGGAUUCAACAUUGAGUUGAAGUUUGAUGAUUAUGUUGUUUAUGAACAAGAGUAUCUCAUUCAUGUUCUUCAAGUAAUGUUGAAGGUGGUGUAUGAAAAUGCCCAAGAAAGAUCUGUACUUUUCUCUAGCUUCCAGCUUAAUGUAGUCUUGAUGAUGAAGAAACUUCAGCAUCAGUACUCGGUGUACUUCUUGACAAACGGAGGAAACGAGACAUAUGACGAUGUUCGAAUGAAUUCGUUAGAAGAAGCAAAGAAUCUGGCCAUAUCGGGCGGAUUAGACGGCGUUGUUUCAGAAGUAAAGGGUAUAUUUAGAAACUCAGUAGAUACGAUACGAUUUCGCCGACUGCUUAUCUCCUUCAGAAGUGGGAUGCCAAACAUGGCAUACAUUUACGCUAAUGAUUUCAUCGACGUUUUGAAAACAAAGCAUGCAAUGGAUACAUAUAGUCAGAUGGUUAUAUAUGUAGAAGCAUGUGAAAGUGGAAGCAUUUUCGAAAGUCUUAUAUCCGAAGACCUAAAAAUAUAUGUCACAACUGCAUCGAAUGCAACCGAAAAUAGUUGGGGCACUUAUUGUCCCGGUAUAACCCCUCCCCCACCUAAAGAGUAUAAGACUUGCUUAGAUGUGGAGUAAGAUUCGGGUAUUCAUGACGCUUUCCUGAUAUAAACUUGCACAAAAUGUUUGCAGGUGACUGUUAACAUAAACCGUCCCUCACCCUAACGACUGUUAUUUUUUUGUUAUCGUUUAAAACCGUCCCUCACCCUAACAACUGUUAUUUUUUCGUUAGGUUUGAUAUUCUUAAAUACAGGGUUGUUCAUUACAUAUCAAUAUAGGAUUAAUUCUACAUGUGAAUUAUUUCUA